AUGAGGUUUACCACGUCACUUGGAAUUCGAAAAGCAUUUUUAUCAUUGCAUGGACUCCAACACAGGUCAAUGGAGACUAUUAAUUUUCAAAGAGUUUUACCUUCCUCGUCCAUGUCAGCAGAAGCUAAAUUACAAGCAACAAAGUUGGAAUCACAAGUUUUGCAAUAUUUGGGGAAUAUAUGCGUCAAGCAGUUAAUUGUAGUCGAUUGUGCAGUAUAUUUGAUGGAUGUUCCAAGUUUAAUGGCAACUACGUUCUCAAAGUGUAUUGAACAUAUGGAUUUACAGAAAAACCAAUUACAGGCUUAUGAUCAAACUUACUUUGCGACUGUUCUAACCUUCGUUCACCUACGCUAUUUAGAUUUAUCGUUUUCUUCAAACGCGAAACGACUUUCUGUUUGUGAAACUACUACAAAGUCCAGAUUCGGUGUUUCGAGUGGAAGGUUCAAUUCUAAAAGAUCGGCAUCUUUACCUUUAAUAAUACAUUUACCACGCAAUUUAAGUCAUGUAAAUAUAUGCGGCAUUAGCACACACUUCGACCGUUGGGACAAACCUGAUAUAAAGUUUGUAAAUGGAGAAGCAUUCAACAUUCUCAAUAUGAGUUUCAUUGGUUUGACAGAUGUUUCUGUGGGAAUAUCUGGUCUUGAAAACUUACAUACUCUGGACUUAUCAUAUAACUUUGAUAUGAACAUUGAACCCAGCUUUCUAGAUGCAUUUCCAAACAUUAGUAAACUUUAUUUGGGGGGAAGAUCAUUGAAAGACAAUUACUUGAUGGAACAUGGAAAAAGGCUUUUUCAGCAUUUGGAAAGAUUAAGCGUGCUAGAUAUAUCACACAAUGACUUGAAUAUACUGCCAAGAGAUAUAUUAAAAAGUAACCCCCAAAUCAAAGUGAUUAAUUUAGGAAAUAAUAAAUUUCAAACAUUUCCCAUUGAUACCAAAACUACGCCGUCCCUUUCGACACUGGAUCUUUCUGAUAAUUCUCUGAGUGAAUUGGAUGCUGCUACGACGGCAGCUUUAGACAAGAUGGUAGAUCGAGAUUCUAAAAAAGGUUUAUCUCUGAUGUUAGAAAAUAACCUCAUGUUCUGUGGAUGUAGCAGUCAGAGGUUCAUUCUAUGGCUGUUUGAAACUCCGGUGCAACUGGACAAUGGUAGAAACUACAAAUGCAUAUCUGAAAAUGGCUCUGUUACAACUACACGUGAUAUCUACAAUCGUUUUGAACAAGAAUGGCGGUCUUGUGUUGGCCCGUUUUGGCUUUUUCUGGCUAUAAUAGGAUUAAUUAUGCAAGCGGCAACUAUUUUGUGUAUUAUCUUAGUAAUGAAAUUCAAAUCAAGAAUUAUUAGUUUUUUUCUGAGGAUCUUUGGAGCUCCCUUACGCUUACCACAUCGUCGUGAUUUUCCUUACCACGCGUUUAUAUGUUACACACAGUCGGCCGAGCAGUUCGUUUGGUAUGACAUGGUAAAACGGAAUUUGAGACUUUAUUUACGCGAUCGAGAGAUUCUUCCAGGUGACGAGAUGGUUGACGGGAUCAUGCAGGGGAUAAUGGAAAGCUGGAAAACUGUGUUUGUGUUAACACAGAAUGUUGAUGAAGACCAGUGGAUGACUUUCGCAGUGAAAGCUGGCGUCUAUAAUAUAACCGAUCUAAGAACUGACCGUGUGCUGGUGCUGGUGCACAGUGAGUAUGAUCAACAGAUUCCUGAUCCCAUUUUACGCAUUAUUGAUGAAGACUGCAUAUUCAGGUAUUCACCACAAACUACUGACCGUGAUCCGGUCUGGAAUGACUUGCACAAUGCAAUUAUCGGCCAUGAAUACUAACUCGAAAAUAUCGAUAAUUUGAAUUACAGUAUCAUCUUAUAAGUCCCUGAAGAAAUCAUAUUGAGGUAUUCACCAGAAACUGGUGAUGAUGAUUCGACCUGGAAUGCCUUGUACAAUGCAAAUAUAGGCUAUGCAUACCAACCGAAAUAUAUCGAUACUUUACCUUGCAGUAUCAUGUUAAACGUUUCUGCUAAGGCAAAAGACAUUAAGUGAUGAAUUAAUGAUUAAAACAAAAUCACUGUACAUUUCAUCCAUCUAGUUCAGGCUUUAUUAAGCAAUUCUAUGGUAUUCGUUCUCAAGGUUUGUGUUUCAAGAAUUCAUUUCUCUGCAAUCUGGAAUGUGUUUCAAGAAGUUAUAUCUCUGGUUUCUAGCUAUAUUAUUUUGAUGCUUAUUUGAAAAUACAUGUAUAACAAUUAUACAUUAACACCUUUUAUAAUCGAUUGUCACCACCUUUUUGCCUAAGCAGGUUAAUAUAGCUGCAGUAAUAGUGUCUGGUUUCGUUGUAGUAUUAGAAUGUAUGUUUUCUUGUAGACGCACAUCAAACGGGGGAGGGGGGGGGGGGGGGGAGAGGUUGAUAUGUUGCGCAAUAUGUGCAGCAGCAGUAAAAGUGCCUGGUUUCGUUGUAGUAUCAGAAUGUAUGUUUACUUGUAGACGCGAAUCCAGGGGGAGGUUGAUGUGUUGCGCAAUAUGUGCAGCAGCAGUAAUAGUGUCUGGUUUCGUUGUUGUAGCAGAAUGUAUGUUUACUUGUAGGCGCGGAUCCAGGGGGAUGGUGAUGUGUUGCGUAAUAUGUGCAGCAGCAGUAAUAGUGUCUGGUUUCGUUGUUGUAGCAGAAUGUAUGUUUUCUUGUAGACGCACAUCAAAGGGGAGGGUGGUGUGUUGCGGAAUAUGUGCAGCAGCAGUAAUAGUGUCUGUUUUCGUUAUAGUAUUAGAAUGUAUGUUUUCUUGUAGACGCACAUCAUAGGGGGAGGGUGAUGUGUUGCGCAAUAUGUGCAGCAACAGUAAUAGUGUUUGUUUUCGUUGUUGUAGCAGAAUGUAUGUUUAGUUGUAGACGCGUGUCCAGGGGAGGGUUGCACACCCCUCCUGGAAACUUCAAUCUACCAUGCAAAUCCUCUAAAUGAUGAAUGCUUGUAUACUUUGGAAUACUGUAGGUGCCCUUUUUGGACGUUGGAUCUCCUCCCCAUAAUUGUUCUGUAGCUGCCCUGAGAUCCCUUACCUACUUGAAUGAAUGUCAGUAUGAAGACGAUAAAUUAGUUUCACGAUUCAGUUGAAGCAAUGUCUUCUAAUGAUAGGGAAAGGAAGUAUGGUUAUUUGUACAGGUGGAGUACUAUUGUAUAUUUAUUUUAUAUAGCUGGUAUUCGUAUUGUAACUGGUUCCAUUUCGUUUAUAAUUGAAAUAUGUGGAUGCAUCAGAUAUGUAACUAUUUUUUUAAUGUUAACGUACAUGUAUGUCGUAAUAAGAUAAUAUAAGAAUGUAUAGUUUUAACAUAUGUUAUGUAAUAAGUUACUUUUAGCUUAUUUGUUUAUUUAGGUUUUGUGUUGCUUUGCUAAAUUGGUGUAGAACCGUCCUUGUAAAAUCAACAGGGUAUGUAAAUAGAUCUUGGUAUAAUAUCAGUUUAGUAGUUUACCCUUAUAUUUAUCUUGUAUAUUUCAAGUAUGUAUUGUAUAAUGUUUAAUACAAUUGGAUAAGUUAAUUUGUAUCUCUCUUUAAAUACUCUAAAGCCAGUAGCCCUAACGUCAAUUAGUAAAGAGUGAAUAUAUUUAUGUGAUUAUUUUGAUGUUGAAUAAUAUAUGCAAUUUGUGAUUUAUUUAACAUAAUUUCCUUUGAGAUAUUAUUAUUUCUAAUUUAUAUAAUGCUGUGUAUAUAUUUGGGCUUUAUGGUGUUAGAUUUAGUAGAUAUUCUACUGUACUGUAUUUAUUACAAGGUGUCGCAUCAUCUCAUAAUUAUCAUUGAAUAAAAGCUGGUCCCUGUA